AUGAGUGCUGUGCGGCCUGUAUCAGGCAUUUCUCGAGCUGCUCGAUAUGCGGUUCCUUUUGUGCUCCUGCUGAUACCGCUAUGGAUGGCGAAGGUGAACACUGUUGUUCCGGAUCCGUACCUCGACGAGGUUUUCCAUGUCCCCCAGGCACAGGCGUACUGGGAUCAUAAGUGGUUCCAUUGGGACCCUAAAAUCACGACUCCGCCAGGACUCUACGUCUGGUCUUACGUCCUUUGUGCUGCUGCGCUAGCACUCCGUGGCUCCCCGACGGAGCUCAAUGCUGAAGCUCUCCGCGCUACCAAUGUCGCAGCUGCAGCGGUCUUUCUUCCCUGGCGGCUGCAGACUCUUUUGGAUGCAUUGCGUAAGGUGCGCAAUACGCGCCCUUCCGGAGCUUGGUUGAGCCAUACAGUGCUGAAUAUUUGCAUUUUCCCACCCCUGUUCUUCUUCUCGGGGCUGUAUUACACGGAUAUCGUCUCCCUCCUUGUGGUCAUUGAAGCCUAUAAUUGGGAUAUCAAACGUACCGCGGGGUCCGGAUCACUGCUCAAAUCGGCAGUUUUUGUUGUGAUCGGAUUGGCGGCUCUUGUUCUUCGGCAAACAAACAUCUUCUGGGUUACCGUCUUUCUUGGGGGGCUGCAGGUGGUCCGGAAACUUCAUCAGUCAGCGAAAGCCAGCCAGGCCUCAAGCCCGAUCGAAAUAAUCCAAAGCGGUUUCAACAACGAACUGUACGACCCGCUUGUGUCAGAGGCUUCCUUCUUUGACUAUAUCAAAACAUCAAUCUCGCUUGCUUCAGUUGGUCUGAAGAACCUCUUCCCCGUGAUCGUCUCAGUCAUUCCUUAUCUCGUCGUCCUUGCAGCCUUUGGUGGGUUUGUGCUCUGGAACAAUGGAGUUGUCCUGGGACACAAAGAGUUUCACACAGCAGGUCUACAUCUCUCGCAGAUGCUCUAUAUCUGGCCUUAUUUCAUGUUUUUCUCCUGGCCCAUCCUGGUUUUUCCAGUCAUCAAUCUCGUGCUUCCAAGCUCUGUGAUACCGGCAUUCUUUGACUAUGGAUUUACCAAAAAGCAAAAAGGGCUUCCCAAAAUAUUGACAGCCUUGGUCAUCCUCUCCGUCAUGCUGACUGUCGUUCAUUUCAACACCAUCAUCCAUCCGUUCACCCUUGCCGAUAACCGUCAUUAUAUCUUCUACGUCUUUCGUAUUCUCCGCUCGCAUCCAGCUAUCAAAUAUGCUGCUGUUCCUGCCUACUUUCUUUGUGGCUGGGCUGUCAUUUCUGCAUUUGGAUUCUCCACCGCCAAGCCCCAGCCUCAGUUUGUCCCAAUCACAAAAGCAGGCGAAUUGGCUGCUGCUCAGAAAGGGCAGUUGAAGGAGACUGCGCACAAGAAAGAGAAGGCCGAACGCAAGUCCAAGUCCAAGUCAAAAAAGGUUAGCCAAGUGACGGCAUCGCCGCCCACCCAAGAACAAUUCUCUCCCGAGGUUCUUGCCCGAAUCCAGGAGCACCUCGUCCAGCGUCAGAAGCAACAGCAGGACGCCCCACGGGCGAGCUUUGUGCUCGUCUGGCUUGCAGCCACGGCACUAUCGCUCGUUACCGCGCCGCUCGUUGAGCCACGCUAUUUUAUCAUUCCCUGGGUAAUGUGGCGGCUUCAUUUACCCCCACAGCCCGUGCCUCAUGUGUACCGGCAGCAACGGCCUCGUGAUGAGCGGGAGGCUCUGCACGCCGAUUUGGCAACUAAUUUCUCCUUGUUCAUGGAGACGUACUGGUUCCUGGCCAUCAACGCUGCCACCGGGUAUAUCUUUUUGUACAAGGGUUUUGAAUGGCCACAAGAGCCGGGGAAGAUUCAGAGGUUUAUGUGGUGA